AUGAGUUAUGAUCCUAUACAUGAUACGUAUGUACCCAAAGCAGGACCCGAGACUGCAGGAGCAUUAGAAGAGCCGGUUAGUAAUAAAAGUAAUGGAUUAUCAAUAUCUGACUUAGUUAGUAGUCCUAAUACUAAAGCUACUGCCAUAUCUAAUCUCAUUAAUAAGGAUAAUGAAGAAAAAGAAGGAGACAGAGACAGAGAAGAAGAAGGAGACGAAGAAGAGGAAGAUGAUGAGGAAUAUGAAUCUGAUAUCAAUGUCAAUACUCAUUCAAGUGCUAAUCGAGGUGAACCACCACGAGAAGUUAAAUCCAAUUCAUCCCGUAAAAGGAAAAGAAAGUAUACUAAUAGUACCAUACCGAAAUGUCGACAUUUAAAGAAAGCUGAUGGAGAACCAUUUUGGAGAAAGGAUAUUCAAUAUGAUUUUUUACAUGCAUUAUUUAAUGAUGAUACUCCAUGUUUUACAAAUAGUUUCCCUCAUACUGAUUUAGAAAAUGCUAAUAAUAAUCCAAAAAUUCCAUUUUCUGAUCUUUAUAUUCGAACUUUAGCUGAAUCAAGUAAAUGUUCUAAAAUAUUAAAGGAAAGAUUAAUUAAAGAUAAAAGAUGGAGUUUAUCAGUAGCUAAAGUAUGUUUAUUAGUUAAUGCUGGUAGAAUGAAUACAACUAUAAAUUUUGUACCAGAAAUGAGAUCAACUUUAAGAACUUAUCAUUCAAUACCUUCAUUACAAGCUGAUCCUUUAGGUCAUGGUUCAAUUCAAUUACAAGAUACUCCAAGAUUAAAAUCAAUUUUAAAAGCAGUUUGUGAAGAUGAUAAUAAACCUCGAGAAUUAGAUGAAAUUUUAAAUGAUCCAUCUCCUAAUAAACCUAAUACUAAUGUAUUUCAAUUAAUAUUUUUACUUAGUAAUAGAACUACAGGAAUUCCUUAUCAUCAUGAAGAUUUAACAGUUAAUUUAUUUAUGGAAUUCUUUUUAAAUCCUAAAAUUCAUCCAACUAAUAGAGCCAAAAGAUUCCUUUGGUUACUUUAUACAUAUUUGGAAACAGAUUUUUCUCAAGAACAAAUUGCUAAUAAUCCAUUUGGAGGCGGUAAAAUUCCAAAUUUAGAAUAUAUUCCUGAAUAUGAUCUUAAUCGAUUUGAUAUUGAUACUGAUUUUGAAAUUGAUUAUUCAGAAUCUAUGUUUGCUAUAAGGAAUAAAUAUUUAAAAGAUGAAACUAAUGUUAGAAGAAGAGUUAAACGUGAUGAUCAUGAUGAAUAUGAUUCUGAAACUGUAUCUGAUGUUGAUGGAGAUAAGACUAAAGUUGAAGAACUGAAACUGAAUCAUUCUAAGAAAAAGAGAGUUAAAAGAAUACCAACUACUGCAAUUCCAUCACCUUUAGCUAAGACAGUAUUUACAUCUAAUGAAAAAAAUGGAACUAAAAAGGAAAUAGUUGAAGAAACAGUGGAACAGAAUAAUAAUGCAGAAUUUAUUAAUAAUAAAAUUAAUUUUAAAGUUGAAGCUAUUCAAUUCCCAAUAGAUAAUUUAUACAAAUUAGUUAAAUCUUAUGGAUCUAAUUCAUUACAAUUGAAUAGACCUAAUGAAGAUGAUUUGAUUAGUACACUUCGCAAUGUAUUAAAUGAAUCUAAACCUAUUAUAAGAGAUGUGAGAACUUCAUCUAAGGCAAGUACUGCAUCAUUUAAUAAGAAAACUACUAUAUUAGGUAGUUGGAUUUAUCGAUAUUUUAAGUAUAAAAAAUCCAUUGGUAAUAAAUUACUUGGAAUGGAAUGGGAAGAAAUUAGAUAUGAUAUUGUUAAUGGAUUAGAGAAUUAUAUUUAUCAACAAUUUGGUAAAUCAUUAUUAGCUAAUAUAACGAGUCAAGAAUUAAAGGAAGAUAGUCCAAUUGAAAAGGCUCCAGAAUUUGAUGAUAUAUUUACCUAUUUACCUCAAUAUGAUUUCUCUCAUAUCCAAGAAAAGAAUACUUUUAUACUUCAACUAAUGACAUUUUGUGAUCAAUGGUUUAUAAAGAAACUAAAAGAUGAUAAUAAUAAACUUAUCUAUCCUAGAGAUAAGAUCACAUUUGAUUUGGAUAAUAAUUCAAUUAAGAUAAAGGAUUAA